AACACUCUAAACCUGCUUCCACCUAACAAAAAACAAUUGCCUUCUCGUAGUUUACUCCAAAUACAAAGGGUGUAAUAUAACAGAAACACUCGACACUUUACCGAACACACACAUUGCCUUCUCUUCUAAAUAAGUUCAAUCUUCCUAAUCUCUCUCUGUCUCUCUCUGACAACAGAGAGACUCUUCACGUGCCAAACAAAAAAAAACUGAGCACCUUCCUCUCGCCAUGGCCACGGACUCCGUCAAGCACGUGCCUACAUUCGGCGGGGCAGCCAUCUCCGCCGAAAUGAAAAGCUUCUUCUCCGCCGUGCCUACUUUUGUCUACGCCUUCGUCGUAACCUUUGUUGCCUUCACUGUUUACUUAGCCUUCGCCCCUUCUCUCAUCACUGUCUCUAAUUCAGUUUCUUCCUAUAUCCUCCCUAAUGUCAGUGCCGUGACUUCAGCGUCCAGUAACAUCACAUUACAAGCAACCACGCCGGAAAGUCUCACUCCGGCUGUUAUAAACACAACCUUUGAGCCUCCCCUAGGUAAUGAAACAAACCCACUUUCUAGAAACAACGCUUCACGGUCUCAUGCAAGUGUACACUUAUGUCCUAACAACAAUACUGCUCGAAAUUCGGACAAACAAGCACCUCUGUCCGUGAAUUCAAGUGCUUCUUCUCCGAUGAGAAAACAAAGUAGGAAGUCAGGGGCUAAACGAGAGAUCAAGUCUCUGAAGGACUGCGAUUUUUUCGAAGGAGAAUGGGUCAAAGACGAAUCCUACCCGCUUUACAAACCCGGCACGUGUAAUCUCAUCGACGAACAGUUUAGCUGUUUAACCAACGGAAGACCAGACGUUGAGUUUUACAAACUGAAGUGGAAACCUAAAGAAUGCACUUUACCAAGGCUGAACGGAGGCAAGUUGCUGGAGAUGAUUAGAGGAAGAAGGCUCGUGUUCGUUGGAGACUCGCUGAAUAGAAACAUGUGGGAGUCUUUGGUUUGUAUUCUUAAAGGAUCAGUUAAAGAUGAGAGACAAGUCUUUGAAGCUCAUGGAAGGCAUCAGUUUCGUCGGGAAGCUGAGUACACUUUGGUCUUCAAAGAAUAUAAUUGCACUGUGGAGUUCUUUGCGUCUCCUUUCUUGGUUCGAGAAUGGGAAGUUACGGACAAGAACGGGACGAAGAAGGAAACUUUGCGUCUAGAUAUGAUGGGAAGCUCAUCAAAGCAGUACAUAGGAGCGGAUGUACUUGUGUUCAAUACCGGAGCUUGGUGGACUGAUGACAUAACAUCCAAAGGUGAGGAUUAUUUUCAAGAAAGAAGCACUGUUUACCCGAAACUCAACGUUGAUGAAGCUUUUAGAAAAGCAUUGACUACUUGGGGUCGAUGGGUUGAUAAGUAUGUGAAUCCAAAGAAGUCUCUUGUCUUCUUCCGCGGAUUCUCCCUGUCACAUUUCAGUGGUGGGCGAUGGAAUGCGGGAGGGGCGUGCGAUGAUGAAACAGAACCGAUCAAGAACGAGGCAUACCUAAUGCCUUACCCUUCCAAGAUGGAGAUUCUUGAAAGAGUUCUAAGGGGAAUGAAGACACCGGUCACGUAUCUCAACAUCACGAGGUUAACAGAUUACAGGAAGGAUGCUCACCCGUCUGUUUAUAGGAAACAGAAAUUUACUGCAGAAGAAAGCAAAUCACCGUUGUUGCACCAAGACUGCAGUCACUGGUGCCUCCCAGGUGUACCUGAUUCUUGGAACGAGAUUCUCUAUGCCGAGAUGCUGGUAAAGCUCGACCAGCUCCGUGGCAACAGACGGCGGAAACCUAAAGGGCUACUAUAGGAGGAGUUAAAUCAGAUUUUUGUUUUAGAUGAAAUACACUAUAUAUAUAUUUUCAAUGGAUGAAAAGAAAAGAAACACUUAGAAGCAAUUAUAUGUUUUCAAAGGCAUAGAGAAAGUAAGAGGUGAGAAUCAUAUU